AUGGCCGUUCAGGCGGGUGACAUCUCCCUCACGCAUCUCCUCCUUCAGCACGGUGCCAAUGCGAAUGUGAAACUUCCGCAAGUCGCCCCGGAAAAAAUGGGGAUGGCGCUGAUUAGCGAGGACAGGCGCCGGUUCUACCCUAGCCUUGGUGGUCUGGCCGCUCUUCACUUCGCCGUUCUACUGCCGGGUCGAGCCGGCGUGCAGAUCACCGAAAUGCUGCUGGAUGCUCUAGCUGACCCCAACACUCGCGCAGAGCCAGAUCUCAGUUUUCUGACCGAAUCACAGUGCAAAAUCCGGCGACAGCUUGAAAAGGGUGUGAUUGAGCUUGACAAUGCGAUGGUGAAGGAGGAAUACGCAGUGGAUGGCGGGAGGAUACCACUUCAUUUGGUCUGUUCGAGAGAUUACGACACUGUUAAUGCCGUCAAAAUAGUGAACCUUCUUCUACAACGCGGUGCGGACCCAAAUAUACUCUGCAAUGGCUAUUCACCCCUUAGCCUUGCAAUAGCAAACGGAAGCGAGCAAAUUGUCGAUCGAUUGUUGGCGGACCCACGGACACGAGUCAGUUUGCCAUUGACCCAUGGCCUAGGCAAUGCGCUCUGUGUAGCGGCUGGCACGCAAUACGAAUUCCGCUGGCCCCUGGAAUCGCGAUUAAGGCUCAUCAGAAAGCUUAUUGACCCCAGUCCCCUCGAUCUUAUCCUGGUUCCCGUUCGCUGUCCGCCGGACUGCUCAGAAGGAAAUGUGGUUGAUCACGUUUACUACCAAUUCGCUCAAGACAAGAGCACCUUUGGCAAGGCCUUUUACUCAUUGACGCCUGAGGAAAGAGCCGUUUCGGUCGGACGAGCCGCCGUAUUGGAACUUCUGGCGGAAGCUAUGCGAGAGGCCAGCUGUCAGUUGGGAGGCCUAAUUGAAGCCACGGAUUUCGUCGGCUCGCCUGAACGCAUGCUCUACCGAUAUUGCUAUGAGUGCGGUCGGUCUGUCGAUGUUAAGCUUGUCCCCUGCACUCGAUGCAAGAAGGUUUUUUACUGCUCAAGUGCCUGCAAGUUUAAGAGCUGGUCUACUCGGCACAAGAAGGAAUGCCAGCUGGUUAAAAGCAAGAGUCUUACAAAGAAGGAGAAGCCUCCAAGGAAAGGAAAAAAUGAAGCAAAAGCACCAGGCGAGCCAAGGAGGCAAGACUGGAUACCAGGCCUUCAGAUCUGGCACGUACAAGAUCCGGACUUUAGUGAGGAGGCGGCCAGCAACCACCCAGCCACGGACUACGGUUUUCGUUUCGGCUUCUACAUGCGCAUGGAUCGUCAGGAACGCGUCCAGCUGCACUCUUAUCCACGCAAUGGAAACUACAGCCUUCUAUAA